GGAAUGUAUACUCAUUUGCGCAUGCCUAUACAUCAGUCUUCGGUGUCACAGCAAACAGUCAAAGUAAUUUGCACGGCUUCUCGAUUUUCUUUUUGUGUUCCAUAACAAUUGUGCGGAGUAACUAGCGAAAAUAUGGCUCAUAGCUACGAACAAAAGCAUCAACCAUCAAUACCCCAAUAUUCCGAUACACCAGCACUAUAUCCAACGCAAUAUAUAGCCAGUGCACCCACCGAAUUUCAAGCUCCACCACCUCAGUAUUCGGUUGUAGAUCCGUCAUUACAACAACAACAACCACACAUACAACAACUACAACGACAACCACAAUCGGUUCCAAUUCAACAGCAAGUACAGCAUGUCGUUGUGCUUCAAAUUCCACUUGCUAGACAUCCAGUCAAUACAACAUGCCCUUCAUGUCAUUCCAACAUUGUAACAAAAGUGAAAUCGGAACCAAAUGUUGCAACGCAUAUAAUCGCAGGAGUAUUGUGUUUUCUGUGCUGGCUACCAUGCGUUUGUCUGCCAUAUUGUAUGGAAUCAUGCCAGAGUUCAGUUCAUUAUUGUCCUAAUUGCGCUGCAUAUCUGGGUGCUUACCGAGCUGGAGUUAGAUAUUAAAGGUUUCUGCUUUCAAUAAAAUGCAGUGAGUUAACUACUGUUCCACGCUGAAUUGAAAUUUUGUGAAUUAAAAUCAAUAUUUUUGUGUUAAAAGCGAUGCCUUAGGUGGUUAGUUAGGUGGAUAUUGUAAGAAAAAUGUUAAUGAAAUGUUAUUCCAACCCUAUUUUAUCAAUAAAUUUAUGAGAAUUUACCUAU